UCUUCACCCAUACACACAAGAGACACACGGGUCUGAAUGGUGAAAGGAAGGUAAAAGCGGCUACAGAAUCGCCUUUUACAGCGGAAUGUUCACUCGAAGGGGUUAUGGAGACGUCAAGAAAUCUACACAGAAAGUUCUGGACCCAAAGAAGGAUGUUUUCACGCGUCUGAAGCAUCUGCGCGCGCUGUUAGAUAUUACUGACAGGAAUGAACUGAAGACAUUUUUUGAAACCAACUGCUCACAGAUUUAUUUUAUCUUCUUUGAAAAUUUCAUUACACUGGAAAGUAACUUAAAGCAAAAAGGGAACAAAUCUCAACGGGAGGAGCUGGACUCCAUUCUCUUUAUUUUUGAAAAAAUUCUGCAACUUCUACCUGAGAAAAUCAACAGUCGAUGGCAGUUUCACAGUAUAGGUUCUAUACUCAAAAAACUUUUGCACACUGGAAACUCUUUCAAGAUCCGCUGUGAGGGCAUGCGUCUGUUCCUGCUCUGGCUGCAGGCUCUGCAGAGUAACUGUGCCGAAGAACAGCUCCUCAUCUUCGCCUGUCUGAUCCCAGGAUUCCCUGCUGUACCCUCAUCCAGAGGACCCUGCACACUGGACACCAUCAUAUACAACCCCUUUUCCAACCCGCCCGAUGCCAAGAUUGUGCCAGAGGAGAUCACCCCGCUGGUGCCUGCGGUUCCCGGAGAGAAGGUGGCAGAAGACCACACCUGCUCUGUCCUCCAGAUUGUGCUCAAGGUCAUGGUUCUCCAGGCAUCCAGCUUGGACUGGAAAAACAAAGAGAGCCAGGACAUGGGCUUCAGAUUUCUCUUUUCCCUGUUCAAGAAGUACUACCUGCCUCACCUCUUCCCCUCUUUCACGAAACAAACCAACCUCUACAACCCACAGUUAGAUCUUCCCAUUCACAGACCAAAGCCCCUCUACGUCCCCGUGACACGUAACAGUGAGAGCACAUACUGCACUAGGGAUCAGUAUCUGGCUCCCCGUGUGGCCUUCAUCACAUGGCUCGUUAACUUCUUCCUGGAGAAGAAGUAUGUGAACUCGGCCACGAGCAGCUCUAAGAACGGAGGAGAGGUCCUUCCUAAGAUCAUCCAGACUGUGACUGCGGGCGGGAUCAGUCAGGAGAAGAGCGCAGACUCUGAGCCCAACGGUCCUGUGGAACAGGAGAAGAAUCACUCAAACAGCAGCACGCUGUCAGAUCGCAGGGGCAGUAACUCCAGUCUGUGUAGCAUCGAGGAGGAGCAUCGCGCCGUCUACGACAUGGUGCAGUCCAUCCUGCUCUCCACACGAGACAACGUCAAUUUCGUCAACGAGGUCUUCCAUCAGGCUUUCCUGCUGCCGGCCUGUGAAGCUUCAGCCACUUGCAAGGUGAUCAAAGUCUACAGGAAGUGGUUUCUGCAGGAAAAACCCAAUUUCAUGGCUGAGCCAGAGACGACAAGCCAGGAGGAAGAUGGAGAGGAAGAGCACCUCGUAUCUGAGACGGACAGUGCACACGUGCAGGCCUUGGAGACUCAUGGGCAUAAACGCUCGUCCAGUUGGGGGCGCACUUACUCCUUCAGCAGUGCCAUCAGCAGAGGCUGUCUGACUGAAAAACAGAACCAGGACGUGAAAGCUGGCAUCCAGCCCACCCUGCAGGUGUUCCUGACAAACUCUGCCAACGUGUUCCUGUUGGAGCCGUGUCAGGAUGUGCCCAAGCUGUUGGAGAACCAGCUGGAUGUGUGCCGAGCUGUGCUCAGCGUCUACCGUCACAUUAUUAUGGAGCAAAACAUGAACCGCCCGACUUGGGAGCAGUUGCUGCAGGUGUUGCUGAGGAUCACAGAAGCAGUGAUGAAGAGACCACAGGAGAACCAAAGAAAAGACACGUUCGCCCACAGCCUGGCCAGCAUCCUCUUCAAAACGAUUUUCGUGGCGUGGGUGCGGUCUAACCUGACCGUGUUUAUCUCUCGUGAGCUGUGGGACGAGCUGCUGGCUGUGCUGUCCUCUCUCAGCCACUGGGAGGAGCUGGUGUUCGAGUGGGCCA